AUGGUUGUGAUGAAGAUGCCAACGAUUGAGGUGUCGGUGGUGGAGAUGCCAAAGAUUGAGGUGUUGGUGGUGGAGAUGCCAAAGAUUGAGGUGUUGGUGGUGGAGAUGCCAACGAUUGAGGUGCCGGUUGAUGGCGGUGGAGGUGCUGGUAAAGUUAAAGUUGAUGGUAUUGCAUGUGAUGGUAUUGCACAUGAUGGUAGUGGAUAUAAUUGUAUUCUGCGUGAUAUCAUUAAAGAUGAUGGUAUUGUAGGUGAUGACAGAGGACGUGAUGUCGGUGGACGUAAUGUUGGUGGACGUGAUAGCAAUGAACGUAGUCGCGGUUUGAGUGAUGGUAUUGUAGGUGAUGGUAUUGUAGGUGAUGAUAAUGGACGUGAUCGCGGUAUGAGUGAUGGUAUUGCAGAUGAUGGUAUUGUAGGUGAUGAUAAUGGACGUGAUCGCGGUAUGAGUGAUGGUAUUGCAGGUAAUGGUAUUGUAGGUGAUGACAAUGGAAGUGAUCGCGGUAUGAGUGAUGUCAAUGAACGUGGUGAUAAUGAACCUAAUGCUUUCUCAUAA